AAGACAGCCAGGGGAAGAGAAAGAUGUCACUGGCUCUAAUCUCCCUGUCAUUUGGGUUUCCAGCAGGAGCUGGGCGAAGCAGCUGCUAGAACAAUGCUGAGGCGGGGGAGGUGAGGAGUGUCUUGAACAGGUGAUCAGGGAAGACCAAGACACCUGGGCUUAUCACCUGGGCACCCCUCCCGGCCUCAGCCCAGCCGGCACCCCAAAGGCGGAGGGGCAACCAUGGCGACCAAUUUCAACGACAUCGUCAAGCAAGGCUAUGUGAAGAUGAAGAGCAGGAAGCUCGGGAUCUACCGGAGGUGCUGGCUGGUAUUCCGGAAAUCUUCCAGCAAGGGGCCCCAGCGGCUGGAGAAGUACCCCGAUGAGAAGUCAGUGUGCCUCCGAGGCUGCCCCAAGGUGACGGAGAUCAGCAACGUCAAGUGUGUCACACGGCUCCCCAAGGAGACCAAGAGGCAGGCAGUGGCUAUAAUAUUCACGGAUGACUCGGCUCGUACUUUCACCUGUGACUCAGAGCUGGAGGCAGAGGAAUGGUACAAGACGCUAUCAGUGGAAUGUCUGGGGUCACGGCUCAACGACAUCAGUCUGGGAGAGCCAGACCUCCUGGCCCCAGGAGUACAGUGUGAGCAGACAGAUCGCUUCAAUGUCUUCCUGCUGCCCUGUCCCAACCUGGACGUAUACGGCGAGUGCAAGCUGCAGAUUACCCACGAGAACAUCUACCUCUGGGACAUACACAACCCCCGCGUGAAACUCGUCUCGUGGCCCCUCUGCUCCCUGCGCCGUUACGGCCGAGAUGCCACACGUUUUACCUUUGAGGCGGGCAGGAUGUGUGACGCUGGGGAAGGACUCUACACCUUUCAGACACAGGAAGGGGAGCAGAUUUACCAGCGGGUUCACAGUGCCACCCUGGCAAUCGCUGAGCAGCACAAGCGGGUCCUGCUGGAAAUGGAGAAGAACGUGAGGCUGCUGAACAAGGGCACCGAACACUACUCAUACCCCUGCACACCCACCACGAUGCUGCCACGCAGUGCAUACUGGCACCAUAUCACAGGUUCUCAGAACAUUGCUGAAGCCUCUAGCUACGGUGAAGGGUAUGGGGCAGCCCAGGCCAGCUCAGAAACAGACCUCCUGAACAGAUUCAUCCUGCUUAAGCCACAGCCCAGCCAGGAGGACAGCAAUGAGACCCAGACUCCUUCCCAGUGACAGCUGGACUGGUGGACGCACUGACUGCUGGGUCACCCGUUGGAAGGCUAACUGCAGCAGCCCAUGGACAGCCUUAAGGAGCUGUUGGCCAAGAGCCUGAAGAGAGCAAGCUGUCCCUCCUUGCCCUCCAGGGUGAGGCUGGACCUCAGCACAUGGCUGGCCACAUCACCUGAGCAUGAGGGGCUGGAGCCACCGUGGGACUAUAUACUGUUAAUGGUUUUAAUAUAUAUGGCUUAUGACAUAUUCUGUAUUAAUGAGGCGUCCCUUUAUCCCUCCCCAACACAUACCCAUUUUUAAUUCCAAGACCAGGUGUGGUCAAAGCUGUUUUUGAGUAUGAGGGCAGCUGUUCCUGUCCUCAUUGAAAAAAACUCUCCUGCUGCCGAGACUAUUUGAGCUGCCAGGGUCAGAGGAGGGGAGCAAUCAAACUGGUGCUGUCUGCGGGCUCUUCCUCAGAAGCCCAAGGGCCAAGACAGCAGGUAGCAUCUGUCCUCUGGGCCAACAGUGACACAGGAAGGACCCAAACUUGACUGUACCAUGUGGUAGCCUUGCACUUAGGAGUUUGAAGCAGAGGUGGCAUCCAGUUUUAAAAUGCACUUUCUGCACUGGCUCCUUCCUGCUCAGUGGGCUGAAGAUGUCUUCGGGCAGGGCGCCUGUUACCUCAGCAGUAGAGAAUGGCUGGGGCCAGCCUGGAAGGCUGCAGAACUGCUGUGGGGAGCACCCUGCUGUCCCCCUUUACUGAGUGGGGGUAUAAUGCUGCAGCAAGGGGAGUCCCUUGCCCUGGGCCAGCCACCCCAGGCCAGAUUCCAAAACCAAGACCUUCCCAUCUCCCGACAAGGUGCUGAGGCUCCCUGCUGAAUGCAAUUAAAGCAAUCGAUUUUCUAGUGC